GAGCACCUUCUUGGUCUAAAAUUGCUGGAACCAUCACCAUGUAAUUACCAGAGAACUAGUUCUACUAUGUAUAAAAAUCGCCCCGUUUCCAAAGUUCCACCUCCUCCUCCUAUGGGGACAUGCAAUGUAAGACAUCCACCAAGUCCACCAUGGUGGCCUCCAGUUUGGUUUAACACUGAAGCCACAGGUUACAGUGAUGUUCUGGUCGAACCAGAUGUAGUUGAUAGAGCUGUGAUCUGCCCCAUCACAAACACCCUGCUACCCUCUUCUCAGAUCCAAAUCUGCUCCUCCUCCAGUCCUGAUUGGAGUCAAGGAGCUCCUAGAUCUUUCCCUCGUUCUCACAGCUCCCCCUCACUGUGUCACAUGACCUCUGCAGAGAAGAAGACCUUAACACGAGCACGUAGCUUACCUGAUCUGCCGUUGAAAACCAGCUGUGAGCAGUUUACACCCUACACCAGUGCUGAUGAAGACGAUGAAACCUACAGGUUCCAGUGCUCCAGUCCAGGUCUGUACCAGUGCAGCCUGACUGGUCUGGUGUUCCACAUGGAGCGAGAGGGAGACAUGGUCUACAGGUCAGUCACCUGGAACAGGAAGUUACUCUCCCAGCAUCAUAAGCAGCCUGCAGGACCGCUGUUUGACAUCAAAUGUGAGCAGCAGAGCGUGUGUCAGCUCCACCUCCCACACUGUGAGAUCCCCUCCACAGGUGGGGAUCACUCCUUGUCAGUGGCUCAUGUGAAUGAUGAGGGCAUGGAGUUUAUCGUCCCUCAUAAGAUAACAGAGAGUCAUGUCAUCAUAAACGUCUCAGGCUUUUCUGGUUUUGGUAACGUCAAGGAUGAAGACUCUCCAGCUGACCCGGUCCGAGCUCUGGUUCUGCUGUUCUACCAGCCCCCGGUUGAUCCUGAUCUGAGCUCUCUUCUCAAUGUGUUAAUGCUGCCGAGGAACGUGGUGCUCCGAGACGUGCUGCGCACCAGGAAGAAGUUAGUUGGAGAUGAGUGCUACAUGGAGACGUCUCCACACUGUAGACUUCACCCACAGCAGGAGUACACUCUGUCCACGUGUCCUGAAGACGACUCGGUUCUAGUGGAACCAACAACAGCAGAGUUUGACAGUGACAACUUCGACAACUACUUCCCAUCAUUCCAGGGUUUGGGAACAGAAGUAACAAAAAUAGGCUGAGAAGAGGACAGUCCAUAGAAAUCUGAAUUCUUU